UUCACGGUAAUAAAGUGGAAUUUUCCAAAAAAAAAAUUCCCAUCCCUAACUUGACACUGCCCACAGAAGUCUACAUCGUCUAUUGCAACACAAGAAAAACCCAGUUAUAGGGUUCUUCUCUCUUCUCUGAGAGAGGAGAUGAAGUUCACAGCAGCCUUUGCAGCAGAGAUUGUACUUUGAGGGUUGAGGUUAUCCGAUCAAUAGGGUUAUGGUUUAGGGCUCGAGUGUUGUUGUUUUGGCUUUCAUUCUGCAAGUUUGCAAGUCCGCAAGUCUGGAACUUUCUCCACCUCCGCCUCUUCGCUGUUUGCUCCGAAUACAGGGAAGCUUCGAGCAUUGUGGGGGUAUUUGCUCCGUCGUGCAUCGAAGAUUCAGGAUGACCUCGAUUAAUCAAUGGAAAGGGCUUUUUGCCAGCAGAACCAUUUGAUCCUGCCUUCAAGGAAGGAGACAUUCAGGUUGGAAUUUUGAUUUUCUGUUAUCGAAAGUGCUAAAAGCUCUGGGAUUUCCAAAGUUGAAACAUCCAAAGCUUAUCCUCAAGAAUAAACUUGGACGGGUGAAUAUAACAAAAUGGUGAAGAGAGAGCGAGAACGGGACCGGGAUAAAGACAGAGACAAAGACAGAAGAAGAGAUAGAGAAGACCGUGACCGUUCCAAGGACUCUGACUGGGACCGGGAACGGGAUAGAGACAAAGACAAAGACAAAGACAAAGACAAAAGAAGAGACAAAGAAGAUCGCGAUCGGGACCGGGAACGGGAUAGAGACAGAGACAAAGACAAAAGAAGAGACAGAGAAAAUCGUGAUCAUGACCAUGACCGUACCAAGGACCGGGAACGGGAUAGAGACAGAGAGAAAGACAAAAGAAGAGACAGAGAAGAUCGUGACCGUGACCGUGAGCGAUCACGACAUACCCGUUCUCGGACUCGAUCUCCUGUUCAUCGAUUGAAGUCCAGAUCUCGUUCGCCCUCUCGUUCUCGCUCUCGCUCUGUUGGACGAUCUCGUCGCCACCAACACUCCCCAUCGCCAGACUCACGUCGCAAACACCAACACCGUAGAGAUGAAGAUGACAAGGACCAGCAACGAGCUGCUGCAGUAUCUGAGUUCGUUGAUGGCAUCGCAAGGGAGCAGCAACUUAAGCAACAUGAUUCAUCAGAUUCUCCUCUAGCUACUGCCGGUGAUGCAGAAAUUGAUUCUGAUGAGAUAGAGCUGAUGAUGAAAUUAGGGAUUCCAGUAGGGUUUGAUUCUACGAAAGGAAAGCCAGUCCCUGGUGCUGAUGUAAGUGGAGUCAGGGCUGUGACAAAACGACAGCCAAGACAAUAUAUGAAUAGGAGAGGAGGUUUCAAUCGGCCACUGCCACCAGAGCGUAAUCGGUAGAUUGCGUUUUUAGAGGGAGGGUGGAGCAUCUAUUGAAUCCAAUCAGGUGGAAGUUGGGUUGGCCCUCUACUAAGAGGAUUACAAACACUAGACCAAUUGAUGGUCUGGAUAUCAGACUUUUAAGACAGAAUUCCCCCAAGAUAACAGACUUGUCGUUUUGUUAAACUGAAAUGAUUUGUAUAAUGGAUACUGAGAGGUUGUAGUUAACAUCUGAUUUGUGAAGUUGAUUUACGAAGUGUAGCUAUGAAUUGUAUUUUUUCCCGCCA